AUGCUUUAUGAGUUACUUCUAGCCAGCACAGUGCUGUGUUUAACAUAUAACAUUUACAAGUACAUGGUCAAGAAAACCAUAAAACUUCCAGGACCCAGAGGUUUACCAUUCAUUGGAAACAUCCAUAGCUUUAUUCAAGAUGGAGGCCCAGUUUGGCAAGUUCAAAAAUGGGCAAAUAAAUAUGGUGAUACAUUCAAAAUAAACAUUCUUGGUGAAGAAAUCGUCAUACUGAGUGAUUAUGAUAGUAUCUAUGAGGCACUCGUAGAAAGAUCAAAUGAUUUUGCUGGAAGGCCUUUCGAAAAAUCAUACGUAACGAAAAAAUUGUUUUCUCAUGGCAUAUUCAUACAGGAUUUUACUCAAAGGUUUGAAGCAAACAAGAAACUAGGAUCACGUGGACUCAAACAGCAUGGGGAUGGAAUCGGUAGAAUUGUGAACCUCUCAAAUGAAAACAUAAGCCAGACAGUAAAGGAGUUUAAAGAAGAAAAUGGUCAACCUUUCCAACCUCAUGACAAACUUCAAAAUCUGUUUUGUCGGAUCAUUAUAUGUGUGCUGCUUGGUGAAAAUACGCCCUAUAAAGAGGAUGACGGAGAAUUCGCUAGGAAAUGGUUAGAGGACAUCGAGGUGAAUUUAAGAGGGCCAUUUUUCUAUCUUAUACAGAUGUUCCCAUGGACACGUUACUUUGGCAACCCUGUUUAUUCGACAAUGAAUGAAAUGAUGAAAUGCCGUAACAAAACCUUUACGGAGUGGAUUGAAAGGUUCAAACAUUAUAAACAGGAAAGUGGUGAGAGGACACUUAUUAAAGAGUUAUUGGCCGCUAAGGAGGACGGCAAAAUGACAGAUGAUGGUAUUUUUGGAAUCAUGAUUGAAACUUUCAUUGCAGGAAUUUUCACAACACAUACAACCACAUCCGGAUUCCUACUUGCAAUGAUGAAUUUUCCUGACAUUCAAAGUAAGCUCCAUGAGGAAAUUGAUCAUGUGAUUGGCAAAGACCAGCUUCCAGAGCUAUCAGAUCGUGAGAAGAUGCCAUAUAUGGAAGCAACAAUUCUUGAAACACUGCGUUACAUGUCGAUGAUCACACCAAUCUUCCAUAAAACUACUUGUGAUACCAAUAUAGCUGGUUGUGAUCUCCCAAAGAAUACACAGGUUUGGAUGAACUUAUAUGGCAUGCACCAUGAUAAACGUUACUUCAAACACAACCCAGAUUCUUUUGUUCCUUCACGAUUCCUUGACUCUGAUGGCCAUCUAGUUCCACAUGAGGAAAGAAAAGCGGUACUGGCAUUUGGAGCAGGUAGACGCGUCUGUUUGGGAGAAGUUCUUGCAAAAACCAGGAUGUUUCUCCUCUUUACACAGCUGUUACAAAACUUUUACUUCGAGCAAGCUGACCCAGAAAAUCCUGUCCUGUUUGAUAUGAGGAAAUUCAUAGCUGGGCCUGAUACUUUAGUCGCAACUAAAUUUAAGAUAGUAGCGAAACCUCGUUAG